AUGGUGCCACAGCCUCCACCUACAGCCUCUGCCAGCAACCUGCAGCCGCAGCCUCCACCUGCAGAUUCUGGAAGAGACCAGCAGCCAGAACCUCCACCUACAGGCUCUUCCAGCAUCCUGAACCUCCGCCUCCACCUGCAGCCCGAACCUCCACCAAUAGCCUCUGCCAGCAACCUGCUGUCAUCGCCUCCACCUAAAGAUUCUUGCAGACAGCUACAGCCUCUAGUGGAUGACCUGCACUACCUCCUGAGCCAUAGUGUAGGUGCUGAAGAUGUAAAGAAGAGUUCCUGCAGAGCUGCUGCAGUGUGUCUGGGUCUGCUGUGUCUUCUCCUCCUGGCUGGACUCAUAACUCUGUGUUUGUUUGCUUAUGGUUUAUGUGUCAUCCAAGGCAACUCUGAGCUAGAAAUGGAGAUGGUCUUGUUACAGACCAGUUACAACAACCUGACCAAAGAAAGAGACCAGUUACAGACCAGUUACAACCAUCUGGCUGAAGAACGAGACCAGCUCCAAAAAAAAGAGUUGAAGACAUGCAGAUCACAGAUUGUUGCUGUCCUGAGAAAAACACCACCACUUACAUUUUCAUCAAACUCCAGUGCUGAUAAUAUGGCAAGGUUUGUCCGUAAAGAACAACCUGAGAUCACAAUGGAACAUGAAGACCUACCUGAUGUUUCAGCCAGGAGUGUUGCCUUUAAGAGCUGCUCUGGUAAAGACUGCGAAAUGACUGCUGCAGUGCCUGGGAGAAAACUCUACAGACUUGUUGCUGUGAGCUUUGGACUCCUGUGUAUCCUGCAAGCUGCUCUCAACAUUUCACUGCGUCUGGCUCUCUACAAUUCUGACAAUGAGACCAUUUGGAAAAACCUGACUGAAGAGAGAGACGAGCUGAAGAGGAAGCUGAGUCAAAUGACAACAGAUUACUAUUCCCAACAAGGAUGGGUGUAUUUCAGCAGUAGUGUCUAUUACAUUUCCACAAACAUGAAAACCUGGAAAAACAGUAGAGAUGACUGUCUGCAGAGAGGUGCAGACCUGAUGAUUAUCAACAGCAAAGAGGAACAGGUGUGUAUGUAUUUUGAUGUGCCCAUCCACCUGCAAGACAACUGGAAAGGAGGAGAAUCUCUGCACACCAGGCAGAGGGUAGGUGAUGAAUUUGGUUCCCACUCCUCAGCCCUUUACCCCAGCUGCUGCCACAACCGCUCAGUGGAAGAGUACCAGCAAAUCUACCACGAAGUGGUAGAUGACAUGCUGAGUUUCUGGCAGGAAGCUACAGCCCGAACCUCCACCUACAGCCUCUGCCAGGAACCUGCUUCUCCGCCUCCACCUGCAGAUUCUGGCAGAAAGCUGCAAUGUGAACCUCCACCUACAGCCUGUCCCAGUAAUUUGCAGCCGCCGCCUCCACCCGCAGAUUCUGGCAGAAAGAUGCAGCCAGAACCUCGACCUGCAGAGUCUGACAGAAAGCUGGAGUCCGAACCUCCACCUGCAGACUGCUGCAGUGUGUGUCAAACAGUCACCAAAAGCAACUCUGAGUGGAAAAUGGAGAUACGCACCAGUUAUAACAACCUGACUAAAGAAAGAGACCAGUGGCAGAAAAGAUUUGAAGCCAUGACCAAAGAAAGAAAUGAUCUACAGGAAAAGCUCCAAGAGAACAUGUGUUGUGACGACUGGAGAAAGUUUGGCACCAGCUGUUACUAUAUAUCUACUGAAGAGAAGACCUGGGAGGAGAGCAGAAAGGAGUGUCAGAGGAAAGGAGCUGACCUGGUGGUCAAUAGUGAAGAGGAACAGAAAUUUGUCAUUGAAUUCAACAAAAGGGUUUGGAUUGGGCUGACUGACCAAGAUGAGGAGGGUGUCUGGAAAUGGGUGGAUGGGACAACUCUGACCACAAAGUACUGGUACUCUCCACAGCCUGACAACAAUGGAGGACAAGAGAACAAAGAAGAUUGUGCUGAGAUCUACGUUGAUAACCCUGACCCUUUAUUAAAAUGGAAUGAUGCAUAUUGUUUACAUAGAACAUACUGGUCCUGUGAGAUGAUAAUGAGAGUGAGCUAAUAAUAAAGAUAGGUAAUAUUAAAAAAUUUAAUCCAACUCUCAAUCCAAACAUAAUCACUGAGAGUUGAAACCUGAGGUAAGAGAACUCCUUGACUAUGUAAUGAAAAUCUGUCCUCUGCACCAUGAGGACAUAGAUGAUAAACAUUGGUAUAUAUUCAUAAAUUAACAUUUUCAAUAUGUUUAGUUUACCUCAAGAAAAGGUCUUAUGCAUUAGUGUCACUUUUUUAUCAUUUUGUGAUGCUCAUAUGAAUUCAUUAUAAUAAUGUUUCAUUUCUUUACUAUACUCACUGUAAUAAUCUAAGAUGUUAAAAUUGUCAGCAGCAUCUUUAUAUAAUCUCACAAUAAUAAAUAAUAUGUUGUUACAAUUUC